AGCUCAUUGAGUGGGAAACAGCGCCAGGUGGGAGCGCUAUGCAGAGACACAGACAGAGAGAGAGCGACUGAGCGCUGGGAAUGGCAACUCCGCCCGGCUACUUCUCGCUCGCGCUCAAGACAAGAGGAAGGAUCCGCCGCGUUCAGCCGACAUUGUGACAUCGCUGCUUGUAGCUGAAUCUCAAUGGCACUGACGGGCUGAUAUUACUGCAGUGAUCCCUGGAAGGUUGCAGUUAUGCAAGAACAAUACACAGCAGCCGCCUGCUCCGCUCCCUGUCGGGCUCAAGGUUACCUGCCGCCGCCGCAAGACUUGCUGCUGUAAUACAGCGACUGCCGGAGAGAGAUCGCAGUGUGUGCGCCCCGCUUCCCUCUCACUCCCCCCCAUCAUCCUCUCGCCUUGGUUUUGCCUGGUGUACGUGGAUGCAUGAGUUCUGCACUGAAUGGGCGCAAGAACCGCCCCAGGGACUCGCAGGGAUCGCGCUUCCAGAUCAGCCACAAAGCGCUCCCCAGAGACUGUGAGCGCAAAGGGAGCGCAGAUAGCGCCCUCACACCCCAGAGAACCCUGGAGCACUGCAAGAUGCUUGUCCAGGACUUCAACACCCAGGUGGCUCUGUUCCGGGAGCUGGUCAUUUCCAUUGGGGAUGUCUCCGUGAACUGCCCCUCCCUGCGGGCUGAAAUGCACAAAAUUCGAACCAAAGGCUGCGAGAUGGCACUCCAUGCUCACCAAAAACUCUCUGCAAUUUCCGGACCAGAAGAUGGAGAGAUCCACCCGGAGAUCUGUAGACUUUACAUCCAGCUGCAGUGCUGCCUAGAGAUGUACACAACGGAAAUGCUGAAAUCCAUGUGCCUGUUAGGGUCUCUUCAGCAUCAGCAGAAGGGGAAGGAACCAUGUGUAGGCCCCAGGAUAAUAGAUUACAAACCUGAAGAAAGUUCAGAUAUUCCAAUUUUAGACGACACCUCCUCAUCACCAACAGAUAUGCAGCAGCAGUGCUGGCAGGUUUCCACAGAUAUUGAAAAUACAGAAAGGGACAUGCGAGAAAUGAAAAACCUUCUAAGCAAACUCAGGGAGACCAUGCCACUGCCAUUAAAAAAUCAAGAUGAUAGCAGCCUCCUAAAUUUAACACCAUAUCCAUUGGUGAGAAGAAGGAAGAAAAGAUUCUUUGGAUUGUGUUGUCUUAUCUCAAGUUAAACCCAUGAAAGCCAUUCUUCAAAAACAUCCAUGAACUGACCUAAUCCUCCAUAGAAGCUUAUCCAUGAUUCUAUGUUGCCUACACUGCCUUAGAGCAAACCUGGUACUGUUAAUUUGGGAUUAUUGGCAUCAGCGUACAAGAAUUUAAGACUCAAGCAUCAACUUAAAAAGCAUUACUAACAAUAUUAGCAUGUUUACUGGAAAAAAAACAAAAAAAAAAACAAACCUGUACCUGAGUGUAAGAGAUAACCGAGGCAUUGGAUUUUUUUCACUGCUCAAGUUUUCUCAACUUGCUAGCUAGAAAAGAAUCAGCAUCCGAGGCAAAAUAUGCAAAAUGCUUUGUUGAUAUUUUAGUGUUGUACUAUAGGAAUACCACUUUAGAGGCAUCGACCCUUGAUAAAUCUGCAACCAUUCGAUAAUCGAAGUACUGUCUCUUUUUAUAUAUAUAUAUAUAUUCUAUAAAUAAAUAUAUACAUUUGCAUUUACAGUGAUAAAUUAGUAUAGUCUACACUUAUUUUUAUAUAAAAUUUCAGUAGUUUUUUUAUUUAUUUAUUAUAUGUAAAAAUUUCUUAUGUUGCUUAAGUAUUCAUUUAUUUAUCUGCCACUUUGUAUUAUUUAACAUAUUUA